AUGAUAAACCUAGCCUCUUUAGUGCAGAGCCUGAGAUUGUCUUUACUCCAUAUUGAAAGUCGUUUGCUGGAAGUAGCAGGACUCCAGAGAAGCCUGGCUCCAGCCUUGUCUGUAUACGGCUCAAGCGUUUUGCCUCACCUCAACAAUGAGCAAGAGUUUGAGGAGCAGGCAGAGUGUCCUGACAAACCCCCUGGAUUCCUUGAUGGUAUCCUGUGGAUGGCUGCACCCAAAAAGAGACGAACCAUUGAGGUCAAUCGCACAAGGAGGAGAGCUGACAGCAAACUCUUGAAACUCAAGACCAAUAUUGAGCCAUGUCCAGAAUGUGGCCAUCUGAAACAGAAACAUAUACUGUCGUGCUUGCUGAAUGUUGACAACUGGCUCCACAUACCUGCCAUCAGUGCAAAAGAAGUAGCUGAGGCGUUUUGUUUUGUAACUUUUGUUAGAAGCAACAGGAUGUAA